AUGGGGAGAGCAAAGUUCCAACGACGGAAGGGGAGGAGCCACAACAAAAUCAUGCCAGGAGCUUCAUUGAAAGGCCAUUUAAUGGCAAAGGGUUUCAACGCUGCAGCAGCGAGACAAACUUUAAAAUUGCAAAAGAAACACUGCAGACUCGUGAAUGAGCGUGCCGAUAUUAAAUCUCAAAAUUGGGCCAAUUCUAUUCGUGUGCAAAAGGAAAAGUGUUUGCUUUUAGAUCUAUUGCCCGAAGUGCGUCUGACUAUCUGGGAGUUUUGCAUUCUCAAUCUGCCUUGCGGCCGCAAACCCAUCACAGUAGCUAUAUCUCAACCGCAACUCAAUCGAGAUCGACAUGUGUUUGAAGGCCGACCUCCUUUACAUCGUAACAAGAAAUUCUACGCACAAGAACGAGCCUACUUUCGCCAGAAGUACUUCGACCAGGUACACCCUACCUUUAGAGCCCAAAUUUUCAAUCUCCUUAUGAUUUGUCGACAAGCAUAUCUUGAAAUUGAGGGUGGCGCCCUUUUGUACAAAAUAAAGACUUUUAAAUUCCUUGAACAGAUGACUUUGUUCAGAUUUUGUUUUAAAAUCCGACGCCACUUCUUCUUUAUACAAAGUAUGAUUCUUGAAUAUGACAUCUCUCGUAACAGGGACUUUACUUUCGUCAAUUCUACGUUUCGGAUGAUUUUCCGUUGUUGUAACCUCAAAAAAUUCAGAAUGAAGAUGAGAAUUCUAAGUCGCGAGCUUGCCAGAGAGGGAGCGCCUGCCUUUAGGUUCCAAGGCACCCUUCUCCCAAAUUAUCACGGACAAGCAGUACUCCACAAACUCUGCAGGUGCCCGGAACUAUGGAAGUGGAAUCUAAAGCCUGAGAGAGUUGACAAAAUCAAAGAUUUCGAUAUUGAUGUCAGCGGCGAUGAUGCCUGGCCCAGCUACUUCAGAUUUGGCGGAGACAAAAAGGGUUGGCACCUUGUAAGGAACUUACACGCUAUGCACAAUAUCGACAUGAGUGAACUUGUGCAGCGUCUCACGGAGAGGUAUCCGUACUACCAAAAACGUGGUGUCAAAGAGCAAACCUCGAACCGCAUAGAGAACAUAUGGGUUGAUGUCUGCGAACCUAUCCUGGUCCCAGAAACUGCAUUGAAAUUGUUACAGGAGAAGAACGAGAAAGCGGAAAGGGAGAGGUUGGAGAUGGAGAGAUUGGAGGAGAUAUCAGAGGAGUAA